AUGAGAAGCCUUAUUUUGGUUCUUGUGGUUAUUGCUGCCGCCAUCGCCUACUCGGUUCACAAAACCGAACUUUCACCCGAUGACCAACUCUUGGUUCGAGUUACCAGAAAGAGCGACAAGGAGUCGUCCGAGUCCAGUUCCAAGGAAGAAACUGAAACUGAAAAGAAGGACAAGAAGGAUGAUGAUUCCGUUGAGGAAGGAUCAGGCACUGAGAUGAAACGCAUCAAGAGGAAGGCCAAAGAAGACUCAUCGUCUUCGGAGGAGGAAGGUAGCGGGGAAGAAAAGGUUGAUGGCGAACCUCCUGUAGAAGGUUCAGGAGAGUUGAUAACUUCCGGUGUAGUACGAGUAGUACGAGAGGUUUCUGCUAGCAGCGAGGAAUCGUCGGGUGAUGCUCCUUCUCGUCAGAGUCGUGCCCUUGAGGGAUCAGGAGAGGACUUAACUCCUGCUAAAGUUGAACAUGAAGUUGAAGGAUCGGGAGAGGAACUGACCGAGGCUCGAUUCGUGCGCGAACUUGAAGGAUCUGGUGCCGAGGAGUAA